AAAAGAGAAGAAGAAGAGUGCUGCUACACCCACUUCUAUUUCCUAUGACGAACAGUGAUCGUAAUUAGGAAACAUAUCCGAACAUUGGUUCUUCUUCUAGGGGCAGGACUUGUAAUCAGAUUACUGUCGGUUCCGGCCAUGCGUGUCGCCGCCCUCGUCCUGCUCGGCAGUCUUGCCUUCACAGCUCAAGCUCAGAACUGUACUAAGCCUUCUGGAGGACCCAGCAUGAGUUUAAAGGACAGUGCUAUUCUGCAGAAUACAUUUCCAGAUGGCUCCAAUGUUUCUUUUGCCUGUAAUGUUGGCUACACAUCUGCAGGAGGGUCUGCAACCAUCAUUUGUACUGCUGGGAAGUGGAGUACUCUGCGGCUGGUUUGUGAAAGGAAAAGCUGUGGUGCUCUUCCAGAAGUGGAUCAUGGAACUAUUGACUACCCCAAUGGGGACGCUCUGUUUGGUGAUAAAGCUGUGGUCACGUGUAAUUUAGGUUAUAUACUAGUUGGAAAAAAUGAAAUCAGAUGUGGAGCCCAAGGAUGGAUGGACAGGCCUCCUGUUUGUGAAGUGGUGACUUGUUCUAGACCAGGACAAAUUGAAAAUGGAGUUUUCAACCCACAGAAGGAAUCGUACACUUACAGAGACGUUGUACGUUAUGUCUGUGACACUGGAUUUACACUCAAUGGAUCAAGAGAAUUAACAUGUUCUGAAGAUGAACAAUUCCACCUUGACCCUCCUAAAUGUGUCUGGGUUGAAUGUCAAGAUCCUGCGAUAGCAAACAGUGAGUUUGUUGAGGGUUCUCGACCUCCACAUAAAAUUUCUGCUUCAAUAAAGUACAUCUGUAAAACUGGAUAUGACUUGAUCGGCCAGUCUACCAUAACAUGUAACAUAAACAGCCAGUGGUCACCUGAACUCCCAGUUUGCAGAGCUAAAAGCUGUUCUAAACCAUCUGGUGGAUCCAACAUGCAUUUGAUGGAGGAUGCUGUUCUGCAAAAUACAUUUCCAGAUGGCUCCAGUGUUUAUUUUGAAUGUAAUGUUGGCUACACACCUGCAGAAGGGCCUGCAACCAUUACUUGUACUGCUGGGACAUGGAGUGCUCUGCGGCUGGUUUGUAAAAGGAAAAGCUGUGGUGCUCUUUCAGAAGUGGAACAUGGAACCAUUACCUACUCCAGUGGAGGAACUCUGUUUGGUGAUAAAGCUGUGAUCACGUGUAAUUCAGGUUACACAUUAGUUGGAGAGAAGGAAAUCACAUGUGGAGACCAAGGAUGGAUGGGCAAAUCUAAGUGUGAAGAAGUUUCUGGUGGUGACAGUGAUAAUGGGACUGCUGUUAGGACAGGGAUAAUAGUCGCUGUCGUCAUUUUAGUUGCCAUCUUCGUGUUAGUUUGCAUCCUGCUUAAGAAAAGUAAGCACACUGGUCACGUUGGGCCAACUCUACUUGGUGUAAAAUGUCAUGAGAAGAGGAAUGUCCCCCGGACUGAUCUGUGAAUGUACCUGCUUUCAAAGUGCAAUGUAGAAAUUAUGCAGACCUUGGAAAUUUGCUUCACAAUGACAAUUUUAAACUCAAACUCUUCAUCGGCCUAAAUUUUACUCUCAUAUGAUGCUUAAAGUGCCUUGUCUGAUUUCCAAACUUACAGCUUAGAAAAGCCACUUAUAUCCACUUCCUGUUUCACUUUUCUGAUUAUGAUUAAACUCCACAGUGAUGUUAAUUGUUUGCACUAGAGCUCAGCUCAUCUUGGCUUUCUAGCUCCAUUAUACAGGUCAUCUUAUUGAAAAACUUAAUUUCUAAAAAAAAAAAAAAACUUAAGAAAUGGAAUUUGAAAAGAAAAAAAAAAAACAUCAGCUUGCUAAAGAAACAUAUUGGUUCGAUGACAAGUGUUGACAUGUUCCAGAUUGUCAUCAUUUGUGGAGUUGGGAAAUAAAUAGUUUCACUGGUUUUGUAUAUGAAGA